CAUUACAUUUCCUUUGUGAUGAUGAGGAACCCGGUUGGUCUUAAACUAAUGAUGUUUACGGUGUGUUUGGUGAUGGAGCUUGUUUAUGGUAAAGAGGAAGUAAGAUGCAUAGAAAGAGAGAGGGAAGCACUUCUCCGAUUCAAGGCUGCCAUUGUAGAUCGCUAUGGCAUGCUUUCUUCGUGGACCACUCCUCACUGUUGCCAAUGGCGGGGGAUUCGCUGCUCCAACCUCACUGGACAUAUUCUAAUGCUCGAUUUGCACGGAGAAUUUCAUAACGAAAUUUCUUUCAAUUUUUACAUUGAAUUUUCGUCAGAACGUUUUAUCAGCGGAGAAAUCCACAAGUCGUUGAUGGAGUUGCGACAAUUACAGUAUUUGAACCUCAGUUCCAAUUCUUUCCGAGACAGCAAUAUUCCAGAAUUUCUUGGCUCUCUUAGCAACUUGAGAUACCUCGAUCUUUCAUCAUGUGGUUUUGACGGAAAAAUUCCAGCCCAAUUUGGGUCUCUUUCUCAUUUGAAAUACUUAAAUCUCGCUUAUAAUUUUUUGGAGGGUCCAAUCCUUCGUCAACUGGGAAAUCUCUCUCACUUAAUAUAUCUUGAUCUCCGCGACAAUGAUUUGGAAGGGAAUAUACCAAGUCAACUUGGAAACCUGUCAAACUUACAUGAGCUUUAUAUUGGAGGUGUUGGCGCUCUAAAAAUUGGUGAUGGAGGUCAGUGGUUAUCUAAUCUCAUUUCUUUAACCCAUCUUUACUUGACAUCCAUAUCAAAUCUUUAUCAUUCUCAUAGUUUGCCGCAAAUGAUUGGUAAGCUACCAAAAUUAAGGGAACUAAGUUUAUUUGAUUGUAGCCUUACUGAUAAUUUUUUCCUUUCAUUGAGGCCAUCUAUAUUGAAUUUUUCUACUUCUCUCACGGUCCUUGAUCUAUCCGAGAACACCCUCAUGUCAACAAUGAUAUUCCAAUGGGUGGCAAACUUCACUCCCAACCUUGUUGAGCUUCACCUUAGUCAUAAUCUCAUAGAGGGUUCUGUACCAAAUCACUUUGGUUUGGCAAUGAGUUCACUUGAGCAGCUUGACCUCUUCUUUAACAAAUUCAAGGUUGAGGUUUUGCAAUCUUUCAUGAAUAUAUGCACCUUAAAAUCUUUAGACAUGGGUAAAAACAGUUUGAACCAAAGUCUUUCAUCAAUUCUUCAUAAUUUGUCUAAUGCUUGUGCUAGAAAUUCACUACAAGAAUUAGAUCUGUCAUCUAGCCAAAUCAGUGGUUCUUUCCCAAAUUUCUCCAUAUUCACAACUUUGAAAAUAUUAGAUCUUUCUGGUAAUCAAUUAUCUGGGAAGAUACCUGAAAGUAUAUUACCAUCCCGAUUGGAGUCAUUAUCACUCCUAUUCAACUUUUUAGAAGGUGAAAUUCCAAAAUCAUUUGGAAAUACAUGCACCUUACACUCAUUGGACAUGUCUUAUAAUUUAUUAAGUGGCGAGUUUUCAUUGAUAUUCCAGCACUUGUCUGGAUGUGCUAAAAACGUGCUACAAGAUUUGAAGUUGGGAGGAAAUAAUAUCAAUGGCACAUUCCCUGACCUUUCAAGAUUUUCAAACCUGAAAAUAUUGGAUCUUUCAUAUAAUCAGUUAACUGGAGAGAUACCAGAAGGUAACCAAUUGCCAUCUCAGUUGGAGUCUCUCUCAAUUGGAUCAAAUUUUUUAGAAGGUGGAAUUCCAAAAUCAUUUGGCAAUGCAUGUGCUUUGCGGUUGUUGAAUAUGUUUAACAAUAGCUUGCGUCAAGAGUUUCCAUUGAUAGUCCAUCACUUAUCUGGGUGUGCUAGAUAUUCAUUGGAAAGCUUAGAUCUAGGCUGGAAUCAAAUCAAUGGUACAUUGCCUGACCUCUCAAUUUUCUCGUCUUUAAAAAUUCUCUCUCUUCGUAAAAACAAGUUGAAUGGGGAGUUUCCUAAUGAUAUUCAAUUUCCACAUCAAUUGGAAGAACUUUAUAUGCAAUCAAACUCCUUAAAGGGUGUGCUAAGUGAUUACCAAUUUGCCAAUUUGUCAAAGUUAAAUUCAUUAGACUUAUCUGGAAAUUCUUUAUUAUCCUUGACAUUUACUCAAAAUUGGGUCCCACCUUUUCAAUUAAGGAAAGUAGGAUUGCAAUCAUGCAUCCUUGGUCCAACAUUCCCCAAAUGGUUACAAACACAAAAUGAGUUUCGCGAUUUGGAUAUUUCAAAUGCUGGAAUAUCAUAUAUGGUUCCGAAGUGGUUUUGGACUAAAUUAGCAUUGCGAAAAUGGGUUUCAAUGAAUAUUUCAUGCAAUAGUCUACAUGGUAUAAUUCCGUAUUUUCCAACAAAGAAUCCUUAUCAUUCUCUAAUUCUUGGAUCAAAUCAAUUUGAAGGUCCUAUUUCCCCAUUUCUUAGAAGUUCCAUAUUGCUUGAUUUAUCCAAGAAUAAGUUUUCAGGCUCUCUUUCAUUUUUAUGUGUGGGUGAUCCAAUUGGAAAAUUAUACCAGUUAGACAUUUCAAAUAAUAACUUGUCUGGACAAAUUCCAGAUUGUUGGAGCCAUUUCAAGUCAUUAGCUUUUUUGGAUUUGAGUCAAAAUCAAUUGUCAGGAAAGAUUCCUACUUCAAUAGGAUCCCUCCAUGAUCUUCAAGCAUUGUUUUUGAGAAACAACAACUUAACAUAUGGCAUUCCUUUCUCCUUAAGGCAUUGCACAAAGCUAGUGAUGAUAGAUAUUGCAGAAAAUAAUUUAUCAGGAUCUGUUCCUGGUUGGAUUGGGAGCAAAUUAGGAAAGUUGCAAUAUUUAAGUUUAAGAAGGAAUCAUUUUCAAGGAAACUUACCAUUGCAAAUUUGUCACCUAAGAAACAUUCAACUCUUAGAUCUCUCACUCAACAGUUUGUCUGGACGAAUUCCUAAAUGUAUAAAAAAUUUUACUUCAAUGGCUGAAAAGGCAUCUUCAAGAAGAGAUUAUGGGUAUGAAGUUGAGACAAAACAUUUGUAUAUUAGCUCUCAAUCGUAUGCUUUGAAUAUACUCUUAAUGUGGAAAGGUUCACAACAAAUGUUCAAGAGUAUUGAAUUAUUACUUUUAAAAAGCAUUGACCUCUCAAGCAAUUACUUUUCAGAAGAAAUACCAGAAGAAAUUGAGAUUUUAUUUGAAUUGGUUUCAUUGAAUUUAUCAAGAAACAAUUUGACUGGAAAAAUUCCUUCAAAUAUUGGAAAGCUUACCUCACUUGAAUUUUUGGACAUUUCAAGAAACCAAAUAAUUGGUUCAAUUCCUACAAGUCUUGCUCAAAUUGAUCGACUUAGUGUGUUAGAUUUGUCUCAUAAUCAUCUAGUUGGUGAAAUUCCUCAUAGCACACAAUUGCAGAGUUUCAAUGUUUCGAGCUAUGAAGAUAAUCUCAAUCUUUGCGGACCACCUCUUGAGAAAUUAUGUGUGUAUAAAGUACCACCAAAAGAGAAAAAGAAUGAAACUCAUAAGGAUGACUAUUCCUUUUUCAGUCGUGAAUUUUAUAUCAGUAUGACAUUUGGAUUCAUUAUAAGUUUUUGGAUGGCAUUUGGCUUAACCAUAUUCCGAAAGUUCUACUUCUUGUACAAUUUAGCAGACAAAUGUUUGUAUUAA